UAUACCACAUCAUCACUAAGAAGACGACAGCCCAAAAGCAAAACCCCAAAAGACGCCACAAAGAUUAUUCUCCUUUUACGACGAGGAGCCUUGCUUGUGCCUAUUUCUCUAGAAACUUCUGUUGUUUUUUGAUAAUUUUCUUUUUUAUUUUUUUUUUCAUUCUCUAACUCAGCCCUGAAAAUUGAGCCGUUAACGUCACCCCCGAUUCAGGCGGACACGUUCCUUUCAAACCCAACUUAGCAAUUAACAACUCAAUUAAAAGUUUGUCUUUUCAAGCACCGUUUUCGACAUCAGUGCUGUUGAUUCCGUGAGAAGAAAAACGAAUAAUGGAGAAAUCGGAUUUUGUGAAAGAUGUUCAACAACUCAAUGGAAAUCUCUAUCACUCUUGUUCUUCUGCUUCUCAACGACAUGUGACUUACAGCUGUGGUUCUUGUGGGUAUGAGCUAAACCUAAGUUCCUCUAGUCGAAACACUGCAACAAUUGGCUCUAAAUAUGGAAAAUCUAUAAAGCGAGGGAUUAUAUCAUUCUUCAAUAUAGAUGAGAGCAGAUUUACACAAGUUGAUGAGUUCCAAUGCAUUCCUUACUUUUCAAAACACUCAUGGGGCUUGUUCCGCCAUAGAACCAAACUUCUUUGCCGCAAGUGUGGCAACCACAUUGGAAAUGCUUAUGAUGAUAAAACUUCAGGUUACCCUCUUGUAUCUGACGUAUCUGAUUCAUCCUCUGGUAAUGAAUCUUCUAGCCAUAGAAAAUAUGAUGUUAGAAUCCGUGCCCUACAGCCUUUAUCCGCUGGAGGACUUGGCACUCCACUUGUUGUGUGAUUUACUAGAGUGCUGUCUCCAUCAUUUAUGGUCUUCCAUUUGCAUUAUCAAGGAGGAUGAUUGCGGGAUUCUUAUUGUGUAUGGUUGUUUUGUGUCCUCUCAUUCUAUGUUUUCUUUGCUGUUGUUUUUGUUAAAUGUCCUCUCAAUAUUAAUUUCAUGGUAACUCAUGUAAGUAAAAAGUAUCUGAAUUCUGAGAGGAAAGUAAUGUGGAGUUUUGAAAGGAAGGUUGAUCAAGUAUUGUCACUACCAAAAUUUGAAUGUAAACACAUUCAUGUGAUAUCUUUUUGAAUUGAAUUAAAUCAAGUAUUUUUGGUACAUGAAUUGAACCAUUGGAAUUUAGUAUUUGA